AAAUCAGGUCAAUCGCUGACCUAGCUGUGCAUAACCUUCUGCAGUCUGUCAGGUUCAUCGAUGUCGAGACAAGGUGGAAAGCUGAAGCCUCUAAAGGCUCCAAAGAAGGAACAUAAGGAUGAAGAUGAUGAAGAUAAGGCCUUCAAGGAGAGAAAGAAGGCCGAAGAGGCUGCUACGAAGGCUGCAAGGGACAAAGCUGUCAAGGGUGGUCCUCCUGGUGGCGGAAUAAAGAAGUCGGGAAAGAAAUAGACAGUUUUGGAUGAUAUCUAAAUUCUCCAUCUGACCGGCUGUUAUUAUGAUCAAUUUUCCCUGAUUAUAUAUGCUGAUGUACGGCCAACUUGAACUGAGAUUGGUCGAUCAGGUGGAUUAUUCUGCUGUGCAAUACAUGACUGGUUAUGUAUACUAUCUGUUGUUGCCUGUUGCCUUGAGUAUCGUCCUCUA